CAACAUAUCAGUAUAUGACUACUCUUUUUCCUACUGCCAUAUUUUGUCACGUUAAACCCUCAUAUAUAUAUAUAAAGCGUGCCACAACCCAAUCACUACACCACUUUACAACCACCGGCAAUGCUACCGGAAAAUCCAGACACACCACCACCAACACCGUAACAACAACUCUCACAACAUCUAACACAAUGUCGUCAUCAUCAUCAUCAUCCACACGCGAAUUCAAGCACCGCCUCCUUACCUGCCUCAACAAACUCUCCGACCGCGACACUCACUCCGUCGCCGCAUCGGAGCUCCAAACCAUCGCCAAAACCCUAACUCCCGACCAGAUCUCCCCCUUCCUCUCCUCCAUCUCCGCCACCGACUCCUCCGACAAAUCUCCGGUACGUAAACAAUGCGUUAGCUUAAUCUCCACCUUAUCCGAAUCACACGGCGACGUUUUAUCCUCUCACGUUUCAAAACUCAUCUCCGCCGUCGUACGCCGCCUCCGCGAUCCUGAUUCCGCCGUUAGAUCCGCCUGUAUCGCUGCCGUAGGCUCAAUUUCCGCUUACGUCACUAAACCGCCGUUUACGUCAGUUGCAAAACCGUUAGUUGAUGCGUUGGUGACUGAACAGGAUUUGAAUUCUCAGAUCGGCGCGGCUCUAUGUCUAGCUGCGGCUGUGGAUGGCGCACCGGAUCCCGAGCCGGUUUAUUUGAGGAGGAUGGUUGUGAGGAUUGAGAAGUUGUUGAAGGUUGACAGUUUUAAGGCGAAAGCUGCUUUGUUGACGGUUUUAGGUAGUGUGAUUGGUGUCGGUGGUGUUGUUUCGAGUGCGGUUAUUGUGAAGAGUUUGGUGAGUGUUUUGGUUGGGUUUGUGGUGAAGAGUGAGGAUUGGAGUGCGAGGAAAGCGGCCGCUGAGGCGUUAGAGAAGUUGGCGGUUGUAGAGAGGGAUUUGUUGUUGGAGUUUAAGAGUGAGUGUUUGAAAACAUUUGAGGCGAAAAAGUUUGAUAAGGUGAAGGUCGUUAGGGAGACGAUGAAUCAGAUGAUUGAAGCUUGGAAGGCGAUUCCUGAUGAGCCGGAAGAGGAGGGAUUAACACCGGCGGAAUCACAUUCGUCGUCUAAAGCCGUUAAAGUUGCUAGUAACGAAAUUCAACCACGAACUCCACAAAUAACUAAUAAGAGAACUGCACUGAACAGCGUUUCCACCACGACUGCAACGAGCCGAAUUUCAUUGGAAAACAGCAACAAGAAAACUGGUCCAGCGAUGUUCAGGAAGCUUGAUCGCAAGAAGCAUGCCGCCGCUACUACUGCCGUUCAUCCUGCAAGUCCAUUGUCUGUGGACGAUAAUAAAUUUGCAAGACCAGAAACAAAACGAGCCCUCUUUAAUGAGAUUGUUGAUGAAGAAGUGCAUGAAUCUGAAUAUCAGAGUGCAAGGCUAAGUGCGACCAUUGUAGAGAGCAACAUCACUGAGGACAUCCACAAGAGCCGCAAAGAUUCUGAGGAACUAUCUUUGAUUCGCAAUCACCUUGUUCAAAUUGAAACCCGACAGGCCAAUCUGGUUGAUCUCCUCCAGAAAUUUACGAGAAGCUCAGAGACUGGGAUGCGGUCACUGGAGACACGAGUGCACGGUCUAGAGUUAACACUUGACGAGAUCUCGUUUGACUUGGCUAGGUCAACUGGAAGGUUGUCACAUCCUGAAAGCACACAAACCUUGUGUUGCAAGUUACCUGGUGCAGGCUUUUUGACUUCUAAGCUCUGGACGAAAACAGAAAUUCAACAUUCAAACACUAGAAUUUCUUCAUCCCCAUUUGCAGCCAGAAGCAAUAUGAGUGGCAAGAACAUGAAUCUUGAAUCAUGUAACCCCGAGAAGAGGGGAUUUAGGCGUCAAGAAGGUGGUAGCGGGUUAAUCAAGAAUCCAUUGGCUGUUGUCCACUAUGAGAUUUCGGAGAUUUAACUCGCAAAUAUCUUUCAUCCCUUGCUUUGUUACAAUAUCUUUUGCCAGAAUUAUUUUGAUACCGAACUUGUUCCACGUAUUAGUGUUACGACAAGCGUUUAGGCUCGGAAUAGUUACACAUGUGUGAAUUUGAGAAUCUUUGAUUGUGAAUAUAUGUUGAUGUGUUUAUAUUUC